UUAGAUGGAGAUGGUCUACAGGAACACCUUCUACCAGCUUGUGAAGAUGAGAACUGCAAGAAAAGUGUCAUCUACCUUAAUAAACCAGGAUCAGACCAGUGGAUUGCUGUAUUGAAAGAUUUUACAAAUAAAGGAACAGAAUGGGGCUUUGUACCUCCUGGAACAGCGCAGGCUUCUGUUUCCAUUCCAGACUUGAUUACUUUACACAUGGGUGACUACAACUUGGAUGGGUAUCCAGAUGCAUUGGUUAUACUCAGGAAUAUUUCAGGAAGCAACCAACAAGCAUUUCUGCUGGAGAAUGUUCCAUGCCCAAGUGGUGAAUGCAGUAGUGUGGGUCGCAUGUUUAAAGUCUACUGGGAUCUCUCGGACUUAAAUCAAAUCAAAGAUGCAUUAGUGGCAACCUUCUUUGACAUUUAUGAAGAUGGCAUAUUAGACAUGUUUCUGCUAAGUAAAGGCAGCUCAGAUGGUGAACUUGUCAUUCAUGCACUGAAAAAUAACUUUGAAGCUGAUGCUUAUUUUGUCAAGGUCAUUGUCCUUAGUGGCCUGUGUUCUAAUGACUGUCCACGUAAAGUCACACCUUUUGGAGUGAAUCAGCCUGGACCUUACAUCAGAUACACUACUGUGGAUGCUAAUGGAUAUCAGAAACAUGCAUCAGCUGGGCAGCUCAGCCAGUCUGCACAUUUUGCUCUACAGUUGCCUUAUAAUGUGCUGGGUUUGGGUCGAAGUGCCAACUUUCUUGACCAUCUGUAUGUUGGAAUCCCCCUACUCACUGGAGAAAAGUUUGCACGUAAACAGGAAUGGAAAGCUAUUAUUCCAAACUCCCAGUUAAUAGUCAUCCCUUAUCCUCACAGUGAUCCUCGCAGCUGGAGUGCCAAGUUAUAUCUGACACCAAGUAAUAUAGUGCUGCUAACAGCUAUAGCCCUAAUUGGAGUCUGUAUUUUCAUCUUGGCUAUAAUUGGCAUAUUACACUGGCAGGAGAAGAAAGCGGAUGACCGUGAGAAACGGCAGGAAGCACACAGAUUCCAUUUUGAUGCCAUGUGAUGUACCUGCUCAGAACAAAGCACUACAUUCUGCUACAUAAGAGAAUCGUACAUUUGUAUUAUAUUCUUGCUGUUUAUGAAAGCUACAGCCUGACAUUUUUUUGAGAACUGUUUUGAAAAUUAAUUUGGUGUUGGCAGCAGGAGCUGAUUAAUUUGUGUAUGCUAAUUUGUCUGUCUUUAUUUAAUACUAAUGUACUUUUUUAAGCAUCUGUAUUUGUAACUAUUCAUAUAUAUUUGGUAUGAAAUCGGCCAAGUAAUGACUGUAAAGGAUUGUUUUAUCAGCAGUUUGCUAGGAGAAUGUAAUAAGCUGCAGAUUUUUGACUUGCCAAGAUGUUUACUACUGUUAAUAGUUUGUAUUUUUGUUACUGAACCAGCUGCAGUAUCAGACUUUUUGUUAGUGUUCAUAACUGCAUUGCAGCACUUCUUAACCUAAUGAGAUUUUUACAGUAAUUCCUAUCUCCCUUGACAUGAUACAUAUCUUAAGUCUGCAUUUAAUUGUUGCAUUUACAUAAAACACAUACAUCAGAAGAGAGCCAUGUUUCCCACCUGCCUCUCAUUACGUAAAGGAGAUAGAUUAGCCCAGUCAGGGGAAUUAAAAUCAUUUUAAAAGUGCAGUAAUUUCUUUGUCAUUUGGCUGCAAUUUCUCAGCAUAAAGACAGGAUAUCUAAAUGAUAGAAUGAUUUUAAAAUUGUUGGUGUUUUUUUUUUUACAUUUACAGUGUUACUUUGGAUAAUUUCUGAAAACAGACCACUUCAACCAAUAUUGAAAGAUCUUGGUGUGCAAUAGUUGUAACGUAUCCUUUUUCCCCACAAAUGAGCACAAAAAAAGAGAACUCUGUAGAGCAGUAAUUGAGCAUUUUGCCACUGACUGACUGCUGUAUGUUUUAAGGAAAACAAUUGUAAUUAUAUGUUGGGAAUUACAAACAUUUGCACUGGUUAAACCAAUGAAAGGAUGAAACUUUCAACCAAAAACUGUCUUUGUGUACUAUUUUAUUUAUUCUGAAGCAGCUUGGGCAUGAAUAUGUGCUGAAAAUCUACGUGUGUUUGACAAAUGUAUUGCAAUGACUGCCCCAAAUUACAGAUAGCACUGUAUUUUUUUGUGAUAACAUUCAGUAUAAAUGAUUCCCUUAGAGCUACAGGUAUGAUAUAGUUGGAUUUUGUGGUGUGCUGGUAAUAAAUGUCAUUUGUUAAAAAAAUA